GGUGCAGCUGACGAUAAACUACAUUUGUCAAACUGGAAUUCCCCUCUGCUCAAGUCUGCUGAAUCGGAAGAAAUAGAGAUUGUACCCGACAUACACAUACCGGAUGAUUGUGAAAGUUCUAGUGUUUUAGAUUGUGAUACUGCUAUUGAAAAUGAAUAUAUUGGAGUAAAGCUGAAAAACUUUUCCAACAUUCACUAUCAAGUGAUUAGUACACCAGCACUGAAAUUAACAGAUGUCCAUAUGAUAUUAUACCUGACGACGAGUGCUCAAAACAACAUCAGAAAAAAUAUUCUGGAGUUUUCUGGUUUCCCUUUCGAUGAAUCCUCGUCGGACUAUCAUUGUAGAAGGGGCUUAAUGGAACAGUUGAGCAUAGAAGAUCUGAAAGCUGUUGCCACGGUGUUAUGCGUCUCACAGUACAUUGUGGAUGAGAGUAGGAAUAGUCUCAUUGAUGCCAUUCUCAAGUUUCUACUGAAGCCCUCCGCACUGUUGAACAGUAGCACAAUAAUGCCGACAAUAUCACCUGUGCCAGUUCCCCGGUUGCCAGUCAAAAAGAAGGCAACAUCCACCACUUGUAAAGUUUCACAGAGUUCAUCCUCAGAAGUGGUGGUUUCGGACCUUCCCUCCGGUAUCGUCAUCUCCAAGGUGGAGAGCGUGGCGCCCAAGCCCUUUGUUAAUCAUUGCUCAAUGGGUAUUAAAAAGGAGGAUCAUAAACCUGAGCUCAAGAAGCUCCAAGCUUGUUUUUCUUCCUCGGACAUCGAGAUCGUCCCAAUACCCCUUCACCGUGAAUCUUCCAGGCGGGAAUCUCCAUGCUCCAGCAUCGAGAUUGUGCCUCUGCCCAUCAAAAAGGAGAAGCGCAAAGUUUCCAAAGAGGAUUCUUGUGUUAAGGAUUCUCCGAUCUGUCCAACGAGUGAGCUGCACGCCACUAAAAAAGAGAAUGAGUCUUUCCCCUCCACCUCAACACCUAUGUCAUUUCAUAUUAAGAGUGAGCCCUGUGAACACUCUUCCCCCCAAGAAUCCCCUUCACUGCCUAAAAGAUCACCUGCAGAAGCAGACGAAAACCAAACAGAUUUCAAGAAUUUGACUGCAGCUCGUGUGGUUCAAUACCUGGGAAGUGAUGAGGAUGACGACCAGCCCCUGUCUAAAAUGAUUGGACAUCCAAAUGAUGACCAGUUGAGAGCUCUUGUGAUCAAAAUCAUGAAGGAAUCAAAACUAGAAGAUGUCACAAUGAAGCAUGUGAUAUGCAGGGUGUUUGAGACUUAUCCGAAUUAUGACCUAGGAUAUCGCAAAGAAUUUAUUAAGUCCAUUGUCAGACAGAUCCUUUCACAGAUGGACAACCCGAAUUGCUCCGUCUCCACAACGGUGAUCAACAUUUAAGCCCCACCCUGUCAAAUGUGUGCCUAUUCGUGUUCAUGCCCCUGUUUUAACAUUCACACUGCGCGUGCCAUAUCGCAUCCGCCAAGCGGAAGGACUAUUCAUCGUUUCGUGCACCGUCGAAAGACUUCUAGCAGAAAGUUGACAUCGCUUUUAUCUCGUGUAUAUUUUACAAAGCUUAUAAAAUGGAUUGGUUUACGGUUCUCUUAUUUGUCUUAAAAAUCCUUUUCUUUGUCUGCGAUCAUCCGCUUAUGCUGUCUGUUUUGUUUUGUAACAUUGAAUCUCUGUAUAUUGCUUCAUGACUCCUACGACUUGUGUAUGUUUCCGAA